AUGGCCCCCGGCUUCGCCCCUCAUGCCGCCCCUGCCUCCCAGUCCCGCUCGCACUCGCCCUCGGCCGCCAACAACGCGUCGUCGGCUCUCGAUGGGUCGGUGCCGUCGACCAGGUCACCCUUUGCUCUCGCCGGCGGCCUCAACCACGCCGGGCUCAUGGCCGGCAGCUCGCGCUCCGGGGCUGGUUCUCCGUCGCUCGAGCUCGGCGCCUCCGGUCGGCUCUUCUCCAAAAGGUUCGUCCUCGUGCCACCCUGCAUCCGAUUUGACUUCACCCUAGCGUCUGGCGGCAGGCUGUCGCCGUGCUUCCUCCCCGUCGACAGGCGUUUGCGGGCCCCAUUUCGCGCUAACCGUGGCAUGCUUUGCAGGGCGAGAGAAAUCCAGGCCGAGGAGGGCAUUCCCUGCCUCCCCCUAAAUCCCUGGGCCGGUCCUCCGACGAGCGGCCACUCGACGCCUCUCCGAGAAAACAUCCCCGAGUCACCCACGGACGGAUUUCCCGAUUUUGGCCAGCUGCCGACGCCCGAAAGCUUGCCCCAGACCCGACGAGCCCGUGCCGGGACCGUACCCUCGCGCUUCCCGCCAGGAUUACCCUCGGCCGGCUUGCUGAACAUCUCCGGCCUCGUGGCCAAGUCCGCUCGGGUCACGCCGUCUCAGAGCCCCUUCAAGUCACCCUCCCCCAACCCCGACCACGUGGACGGCUCGCCCGGCGGCUCGGCGCUGCUCUCUCGUCUUCGAGCCGGCUCGAUGCCUCAGCGCAGCCCCUUUGCCGGCGUGCCCGGCACGAGCUCCCCCUUCGGCCCCUCCAUCUUCAGCAGCGGCUGGAACCCGGCGAGCGUCGGUCGUGAGAGGGGCUCCACCCUGGCGAGCAUCGCCAGCGUCGGCUCCGACGGCCAGAGCCCCCCGCCGCCGCGCCCUCACGCCUCGCGCGAGGGCGGACCCGAUUCCGACGUCCACAUGCGCACCCUCGAUUAUCUGGGGCUCGCCGAGACGCCGACGACGCCGCGGGCCCAGCUGGCGACGCCGUCCGUGUCGGGGAACUGGCAGCAGUCCAGCCGCUUCCGGUCCUACUCGGUCAACAACAAGGACAAGUAUGACAAGUACGCCGACGACGACGCCGACGACGACGACGACGCCUACGACGUGGAGGGCAUGCCCAUCGAUCCCCGCUACGCCGCCCUCAUCCACCAGGAGCUGGCGGCGACGAAUGCCGCCAUCCGCAACCACAACCUCGCCGUCCAGGCCUUCGCGAACCAGGCCUCGUCCAACCGCCCCCGGGCACGCACCACGGGCGUCCUGGACGCGCCCGCCGAUCACCUCGUGCGAGCCUACAUCGGCAGCAACCUCAGCGUCCAGAGUUCGGUGAACACGCCCGAGUUGGGCGGCCGGGAGGAUCCUCGUCAGGACUUCGACGACCUGUCCCAGGCCAUGGCCGGGAUGAGCAUCGGAGCAUCCAGCAGCCGCAACCCGGCGCUCCUCGGUGCCGACGAGCAAGGACUGGAAGGUCCGACAAACGCCCUCUGGCUCGGCGGCGUUCCGCCGUCCACCACCACGACUACCCUCGUCGAGAUGUUCAAGCUGCACGGUCCCAUCCUCUCCGCUCGCGUCCUCACCAACAAGAGCUGCGGCUUCGUCAACUUCGAAAGGCUGGACAGCGCCAUUUCCGCCAAGGCGAGCAUGAACGGCAGGGAGAUCUUCCCGGGCUCUGGGCCCAUCAAGAUCAACUUUGCCAAGCCGCCUUCCGCGUCCAACACGCCGGGCCAUGACGGCGCCUACUCGUCCCCCAGCCCCGACCCGUUCGCGAGGGUUCAAGAGCCCGACACCCACGGCAACACGCCGGCCUCGGGCACCGGCGCCCAGCCUGGCCCGACGACGGCUCCUGCGGUCCCGCCCCUGCAGGACAUGGCCGCGAGCAUCGUCGACAUCGUGAAGCAGUUCGGCGCCUCCGACGAGGAUGCCCUGCACAUCUCCGGCAGCGUCCAGUCCGCCGUCGAGUACACGGCCUUUGCCGACGACAUCGCUCCCAUCCGAGAGCCGACGCACGCCAGGGUUCACGACGCUCCGAAGCUCAGGGACAUCCGCAAGAAGAUUGACAACCAGCUCCUGUCCCAAACCGAGAUCGAGAAUGUCGCCAUGGAGAUGCUUCCCGAGAUUGCCGAGCUCUCGUCCGACUAUCUCGGAAACACCGUCGUUCAGAAGCUCUUCGAGCACUGCUCGAGUCCGGUGCAGGACGCCAUGCUGCACGAGAUUGCCCCUCACCUGGCCGAGAUUGGCGUUCACAAGAACGGUACCUGGGCGGCCCAGAAGAUCAUCGACGUCUGCAAAACGCCGACGCAAAUGUCCACCAUCGUCGAGCACAUCCGCCCGUACACGGUGCCGCUUUUCCUCGACCAGUACGGCAACUACGUCCUGCAGGGCUGCCUCAAGUUCGGCUCGCCCUACAACGAGUUCAUCUUCGAGACGAUGCUGAGCAAGAUGUGGGACAUCUCCCAGGGCCGCUUCGGCGCGCGCGCCAUGAGGGCUUGCCUCGAGAGCCACCAUGCCAGCAUGAGCCAGCAGCGGAUGCUCGCGGCAGCCAUCGCCCUGCACAGCAUUCAGCUGGCCACGAAUGCCAACGGCGCUCUCCUGCUCACCUGGUUCCUCGAUACCUGCACGUUCCCCCACCGACGCACCGUCUUGGCUCCCCGGCUCGUGCCUCAACUGAUCCCCCUUUGCACCCACAAGGUCGCGUACCUCACCGUGCUCAAGGUCAUCAACCAGAAGACGGAGCCCGACGCGCGCGACACCAUCCUGAAAGCCCUCUUCUUCACGUCCAACAAUGACGUUCUGGAAGCCAUUCUCGGCGAUCAGACCUGCGGCGCCACCCUGAUCUUCAAGGUCCUGACCACCCCUUUCUUCGACGAGGCUUUCCGCAGUCAGGUGGUGGAAAACAUCAAGAAGGUGCUCCUCAAGAUCAGGGCCCAGCCGAACCAGGGAUACAAGCGCCUGAUGGAUGAGGUUGGCCUGUCCACCAGGGGGGCCGGAUCCAACCGUGACGGAAGCUCCCACUCGGAGCAGCGGCAGCGGCCGUCGUCGAGGCAGAACAACAUGAACGCUCCCAGCCCCCUGCAGGGUCCUGGGAAUAGACCGUUCUACAGCCCUGUGCACGCCGCGGCGAGCACGACCCCCUUCGACGCCGGGUACGGACCCCAGCGAAAUGAUGGCGUGGAUCCCAGCGCGACAGGGUUCCAGCCCUUCAACCAGGGCAUCAUGUACAAUGUUCAGGCCGGUCCAGUUGCCCCGGCAGCAAACCCUCAACAGAUUUCGUAUCAGCAGAGCAUGAUCAACAGGGCGACGCCGCAGAUGAACUACGGUUUCCCCCAAAUGCAGACUGCGUAUGGAGCCUUCGCGUCGCCCAGCCCGGGCAUGGAUCAGUUCCGUCAGCAGAACAUGGCAAACGGGAGCCCGAUACAGGCCCAACCCUCCCAGCUGCCCCAGCAGAUGCCCGGCAACGCAGCCUCCUAUGGCCCGCCUGGAUUCGGAGUCCCCAUGGGUAAUGCAUAUCCUUACAGCAACAUGCCACCGGGCAUACAAAACAUGGGCUAUAUGGUGCAAGAGCAGGCCAAUACUCGGCGCAGCCGCGUACGUCCGCCCCAGAGAAGCAGCUUCGCAUCGUUUGGUCGACGCUAA